AACAUGGCUGACUGAGGCCGAACACGCAAGCUGAAGUGUGUAAUACACAAAGCUAUGACGAGGUUGCCGAGCCACAAAGCAUAUUCUUCGCCUCAGGACUAUUUAUAGCGACCAUUCUUACAUUAUUUCCAGAAGCCCAACCCCAACACCAAAACAAAAAUAGUCACUUAGCUUGUUGAUUUUCGAAAAACUCAAAAUGAUAAGGAAGCCAGCGACCCUUUUCUCUGCCUCUGUUGCGCUUUUGACGUUCCAAUGCCUUUCAGUUCUCUGUGUCGCCCAGGACUUCGAUUUCUUCUACUUUGUCCAACAGUGGCCGGGAGCCUAUUGUGACUCGAGGCAGAGAUGCUGCUACCCAAAGACAGGCAAACCCACAGCCGAUUUCGGGAUCCAUGGUCUCUGGCCUAACUACAAGAACGGCGCCUACCCUUCCAACUGCGACCGUGACAGCGUCUUCCACGAAUCACAGAUAGAAGAUGUGCUGCCGCAGCUGCAAAAAUUCUGGCCGACCCUAGCCUGCCCGAGUGGCGAUGGUGUGAAGUUCUGGACCCACGAAUGGGAAAAGCAUGGAACCUGCUCUGAGUCCGAAAUGGACCAGCACGAUUACUUUGUGGCUGCUCUUAAGCUCAAGGACAAAGCCAACCUCCUCCAGAUUCUCAAGUCUGCCGGAAUUAGGCCGGACGAUGGGCUCUACGAGCUUGACAGCAUUGUGGAAGCCAUAAAGGAAAGGACAGGUUUUACUCCAGGGAUAGAGUGCAAUGUGGAUUCUUCCAGGAACAGUCAGCUGUACCAGGUUUUUAUGUGUGUGGACACAUCUGGAUCAGACUUCAUUGAGUGCCCCAUCCUGCCAAAGGGGAGAUGUGCUUCCUCCAUCCAGUUCCCCAAGUUUUAGGAGGAAAAAGAUUCUGGAUUCUUUCAUCACAUUAUUGUUCUCUGUUUUUCCCCCCUCCUUAUAAUAAUAAGAUUCUGCUGACUUUUUCUUCCAGCAUUUUAUCCCUCUUGUAAUAGCUGAACAUCAAGUUACUUGUCACAUUUCCUUAUUGUUAGAGCAGUUUAUCUUUUGAGUGCCCUCUUCAACAAAAUUUGACCAAUUGCAAUUACUAGAUAAUAAUUGGUCCGCGCUUUGAAUUUAACGAAUGAGUCAAUUAGUUAAGUGAAUUCAAUAAGCAGAUUAUAGCUAUUUUUAGUACAAACCUAU